AUGAAGCCAUGUUAGGGAAGGUCACAGUAUCCCUCACGCAGGCAGAUGGCGCCAUUGUUCAUGCACACGUCUAGUGAAGAGUUUUGGCCCUUACGCCACUCCGUAGUCUGUCGCCUCACCUGCUCUCUGGCUACGGUAGUGUGCUGUGGUUACAGCUAUGUCGCUAUGGUGGUCUCUUCGCCUGUGCCUGGUUCCGCGGACCCGGAGCCGCCAGCAGGCCGGGUCCCUUUUGCUUCAGUCGGCCCAGCCCCGGCCCUCAUUUCAGGCUGGGCGCUGGCUGUCUUCCUCGGCCUCCAGCAAGGAUCUCCUUAUGAAGCUGCGGCGGAAAACAGGCUACUCCUUUGUAAACUGCAAAAAAGCUCUGGAGACUUGUGGCGAGGAUCUGGAACAGGCAGAGAUCUGGCUCCACCAGCAGGCCCAGAAGGAGGGCUGGAGCAAAGCUGCCAAGCUACGCGGGAGGAAGGCUAAAGAAGGCCUCAUUGGACUGCUGCAGGAAGGCAACGCAGCCGUGCUGGUGGAGGUAAACUGUGAGACGGAUUUUGUUUCCAGAAAUUUAAAAUUUCAACAGUUGGUCCAGCAAGUAGCCCUGGGAACCAUGUUGCACUGUCAGAGCUUAAAGGAUCAACUUUCCACAUACAGCAAAGGCUUCUUGAAUUCCUCGGAGCUUUCUGGACUUCCAGCUGGGCCUGACAGAGACGGCUCUCUGAAGGAUCGGUUGGCCUUAGCAAUUGGGAAACUGGGAGAAAACAUGGUCCUUAAACGGGCUGCGUGGGUGAAGGUGCCGUGUGGGUUCUACAUUGGCUCCUACGUCCACGGAGCAGAGCACAGUCCCUCAUUCCACAACAUGGUGCUGGGCAAGUAUGGAGCCCUGGUCAUCUGCGAGACAUCAGAGCAGAGAGCAAGCCUGGAAGACCUUGGCCGCCGCCUUGGGCAGCAUGUGGUGGGCAUGGCCCCUCUCUCCGUAGGCUCGCUGGACGACGAGCCUGGGGGAGAGGCAGAGACCAGGCUGCUGUCUCAGCCAUACCUGCUGGAUCCCUCCAUCACGCUGGGACAGUAUGUGCAGCCCCAGGGCGUGUCUGUGGUGGACUUUGUGCGCUUUGAAUGUGGAGAAGCUGAAGAGGCAGCAGAGGCCCAGUAGGCUUCAGAGCCUUUGGGCCCAGGAGGAAGUGCUUCUUUUGGCUCUGGACAUCAUCCUAAGUUACUUACUAAGCUUUUUUAAACCCAGAAUUGUUUUUUGAGUUUAUGAUGAAAUGAUAUACUUCACACGGGUAAAGUUAUUAAAUAAAACAGUUACACAA